AUGGAAUCAGAUAAAUACCCAUUACCCAGAACAAAAGAUUUAUUCCGCAGUUUAGAGGGCUCAAAGUUCUUUACAACUUUGGACUUAAACAGCGGAUUUUUUCAAAUUCCGGUAAGAGAACAGGAUCAAUACAUGUUAGCCUUCACUACAGUUCACGGUUUGAUGGCAUUCACCAGAUUACCACAAGGCUUCAAAAACUCAAGUGCAAUAUUUCAAAGAGAACUCAAUAAAGUAUUCUCAGACUAUCUAUACAAAUCAGUAAUUAUAUUCAUUGACGACUUAGCUACCUUCGGAGAAAACUUUGAAACAGCAUUACACAAUUUAAGAAAUGUAUUCGAAAUUAUAAACCAAUUUGGAUUUUCAUUAAAAACAGCCAAAUGCACUAUAUUCAACCAGAAAAUUGAACUUUGGGACACCAAAUUUCCAGCGAAGGCCUCAAACCCUUAG